GCUGGGCCAGUUGUGCGCCGCCCCAUGGGACUCCCGGUCGCUGGAGGCCCCAGCAUGUGUGGUUCUGUAUGAUCUCCGAGCUGGAGUCAUGUGAUCCUGGAUCAGUGUUGAAACCAACCCGGCUGUCGGCCUCCUCUCUGGCUCACUGCUGCAGAUUAAUGUCCCAGAAAUAGGCCUCCAUCUACUGUCCCCUGGAUGGAGGGAAGGAAGGAAGGAAAGAGACAGAGCGGGAGAUGGGUGGAGGAAGAGAGAGAGCCCUGGAGCUUGUCUCUAAGAGUUUGGAGCAGCUCUGUAGAAAUGAUCAUUCUGCAAGUAGCAUAAUGUGGAGGUGUUUGGACUAGGACCUCCAAGUCUCAGACUGCAUCCCAAAUACAACCCUAUUCCCUAUGGAGUGUAGUACCUUGGUCAAAAGUAGUGCACUAUAAAGGAAAUAGGUUACCAUCUGGGAUGCAGCGUUGGUCUCAGGCCCUGGCCAGCCUCUGGGACACAUAACACAAACACUCAUAUUCCUCUCAUGACGCUCUAACUAUUGAUUAGCCCAGUAGUCUCGGACGGUUGACCUCCACAAUAGCACUUUGGUCAGAGUUAAUUGGCAGGCUGUGAUUGGUCUAAUAUUAGAUGAUAUGUUAAAUGCCUUGACAGAGUUGACGUCCUAAUACAUGGUUUGUCCCUACAUCUCGUAUUACUUGGCAAUCUUACGUGGAGUUAGGCCUACUCAUCCAACACAGGAGUGCAUAUUGAUGCUGUUAUUAAUUGGAGAAAGAGUGACAAGAAAAUCACUAUGAGACAUUGCGCCCCCAGAUUAUACCGACAGCCCCAAUCUGGGGGUCCGGCUCAUGGACUAUGUAUUUUGGUAUGUAGUACUGUCAACGUAGUGGGCUGGUGUUGUAUCUGCUGAAGGUCUAGCUAGUGUUUGAAUGUGUUUCUUGUGUGGGAGGUCAUUGACAGCCCUGUCGGCUUCGUGAUACUCCUUUCAUUUUUUCUUCUUCUCCCAAGGGAAGGAAUGAGUAAAAACUCUGUUCUCCUUCUCCUCCUUUCAGAAAUUGUGGACCACAUAGAAAGACUCCAAGUGCUGAAAGAAAUAGUAAGGAAGUUCCCUGCAGUGAACUACGAGGUGUUUAAAUACGUCAUCACUCACCUGAACAGGGUGAGCCAGCAGAGUAAGACCACCCUGAUGACGGCCGACAAUCUAUCCAUCUGCUUCUGGCCCACGCUGAUGCAUCCCGACUUUGAGAACAAGGACACACUCUCCACCACCAAGCUCAACCAGUCUGUCAUCGAGUCCUUCAUCCAGCAGAGCCACUACUUCUUCUACGGCGGAGACAUCCAGGAGAGCUCCAGCACCGAGAGCACCCCACCACCCCACCACUGUCACAGCAUGGUGGAGGCCCUGAGGCCCCUGCAGCUGCCCCCUCCUCUUCAGCCCCAGCAGAUCCAGCACAGUAUGUCCCUGCAGCCUGAACCACUCAUAUAGACCCCCCCACCCAUCCCCCCAAGCCCCAGGAUUGGAGGACCCAGGUGGGGUAGGUAUAAGGCUGGGCUGGUGGGGGGACAUAGGGGGAUGUGAUGUGUCCUCCUUUCCCCUCCCUUUGGAGUCCCUCUUGACUGCAAAACAAAACAACAACAUUACUAAAUGAUCAACUUUGUUCUCUGCUCCCCUUUCUGGGCGACUGACUGGAUUCAGGGGUGACUGACUCAUCGAGCUAUCCCCCAGGAACAAAAAACAUUCAGUGCUGUACAGUAAUACACAGUAAUAAAGAUGCUGUAUGCCUCCAGCAGAGGGACAAAAACAUGCGAUGCAAAAAUGAUUUGCUAAAUUCUACAACACCUUGCAAAAUAUAAGGAAAAUAUAUUUAUACUAGUUGUGCUUUGUUUUUUUAAACCCUUUAUUCAUUCAAGUGAACUUGACGUUAGAUGAUGCACCAUCUGUUAUGAUACUUCUACCAGCGUAGAUAUUAUUCUGCUUGUUUAUUUUUCUAUGAUUUGGCGAUGAUGAUGAUGAUGAUGAUGGAUUCUUGUAUUUUUACCAGUAUGAUUUACAUUUUUAUCUGAAUGGUUUGAGGGACAGAAAGACAGUGAACGUUGGCAGGCUUUGUCUCUCUACCUGCUCCCAAUGCCUCACACUGUUUGGGAGGGAGGGGACUCUACGUGAAAGACUGAUGCUGUACUGCACCAGACCGGGACAUAAGACAGACAGACUGGCCUCCUAUCUCCUAUUGGAGCAGAACUCAUGCAAUUCCUGAAGCUUAUGAAGGAAGCAUCCCACUACUAGAACCCUGCUGGCACAUCUCUGUGUUAACUCUGAAAUGAACGCAUUGCAAAGCAGUCUCAGUCUCUCUUGUUUUGUUCUGUUCAACUUUUUUUUGUUUAAUUGAUGAAAUGUCUUGGCGGUGGUGAUACUCACCAAUAAGAGACCUUUGUGUUCAACUAAAUUUGCAUGUAUUAUUUUGCCUCCAAAAAAUGAACAAUAAAAAAAAAAUGACUGAAUUUACAACUCAAUAUUAACCGCUUUCAUUCAGGUGAUAUUUUUUUAUCUGACUUGAUUGAGGGAACAUUGAAACAGGGCUGAAAUUGUAUCUAUUGUUCAUUCAUUAUUUUUGCCAUGCAAGUUAACUCUUAAUAUCAUAUUUUGGUUAUCUGUCUAAUUGUUUCCCUUAAAUAGAGGGGGGAAAAUUAUAUAUAAGUGUGUAUAUAUAUAUAUAUAUAUAUAAGUAUAUAUAUAUAUAUAUAUAUUUAUCAGCAGAUAAGAUUGCUGAUAUAGCAAAAUACCAUGGGGUACUGAAAUUCUGUAUAAUCUUGUAAAACCUACUAUAAUCAGAUUUAUUUGUGGUAUGAUGUACAAAAAUGUUUGGGCUAGAUUAAUUGACUGUGUACUUAAUGCCAUUCAUCUUAUGAAUAAAGAACCAUUGCUUCUUUGUAAAUGGUA